AGCACCGCGCCAAAUUGCCAGGAACUUGUCCCCCCGCUUGCCAAGAUGUCGAUAGAUUCCCGUGUCUAUGUGGGCAACAUCGAUUGGAAAAUCACGUCGGAAGAUCUGAAGGAGCACAUGAAAUCCGCUGGAGAUGUGGUGCGAGCCGAGAUCUUCACAGAUGGCACUGGCAGAUCCAAGGGGGUUGGUCUCGUCUAUUUUGACUCGCCUGAGGAUGCCAAUGCAGCCAUUGCCAAGCUCAACGAUUCCAUGUUGGGCGAGCGCAUGAUCUUUGUGCGUGAGGACCGAAAAGAAGGAAAAGGAUUCAAAGGCGAAAAGGGCGAAGGAAAAGGCAAAAAAGGAGAUAAGGGCUACGGCAAAAGCUACGACAAGGGCUACGACAAGGGCUACGACAAGGGCUACGAGAAAGGAGAGAAAGGCAAAGGAAAAGGUAAAGGAAAGGGCAUGCGAGUGGGCCCAGGUGACCGAGGCCGAUUGGUCUAUGUGGGGAACCUCCCAUCUGGAACUCCGUGGCAAAAGGUGAAGGAUCUCUUCAGAAAGCACGGCAGUGUGAUCCGCGUGGAGAUGCCCACAGACGUAAACGGCGAAUCUAGAGGACAUGGCCAGGUCCUGUUUGAGACAGAAGAAGAUGCUCAGUCAGCGAUCCAGGCGUUGAACCAGACGGACUUCGAAGGAAGGUUUUUUGCCCUGCUUCUCAAUACAACAACCAAAGAUGAGGGAGAAGAUUUCCUGGACUUUGCAUAUCCAGAAGAAUCUGCGCUCAAGGUGCUCUCGGAUCAUCUCUACCAAUCCGUUGCUACGACUGUGACGAUGUGCCAGGAGCCUCAGGAGCAGCUGAGAGCGCUGAAAGCUCGGAUGGUUUUGAAAGGCCGGCAGAACAGACUGCAUCCAGACGCUGCAAGCAAUGGCAGACAUUUGACUCGUCUUAUCAGCAAGUACGGCCAGACCAAGAAAUGGCGAGAGGUGCUGGAAAUCUUGGCCAUGACCUCUCCGACCUCAGUGGUCACCUGGUCUGCAGCUAUCUCAGCCUGCAGCAAAUGCAGCCAAUGGCAAGAAGGCCUUGGAGUUUUUCAGCGAAUGCAAGCCAAGGGUGUUUUGCCAGAUCUUUUUGCGUUGAAUGUGAUUGCCAUUGCUCAGAAUGCUGGAAGUCGGUGGAGUGAUGCAGUGGAAAUCCUCCAUGUGGUGUCCCGCAUGUCCUUGGAGCCCACAGCGCAAACGCUGUCUCCAGUGAUGAGUGCAUGCAGCCAGGCGAGUCUUUGGGGCGUCUCCUUGGCCGCCUUCGGAGCGUUCGGAGCCGGAGACGAAGUGCUCUUGAACUGUGCCAUGACCGCAUGUCAAAAAGGUGAUCGAUGGGUACAGGCUUUGCGGAUCUUGCGUCGGCAGCAAAGUGUGGUCGCCUUCAGCGCGGUGAUCGCAGCCUCGUCGUGGUCCCACGGAUUCGGUGUCCUCAAUGAGAUGCGCUGUCGGAGCAUCCGUCCAGACACCGUGGCCUUUUCGUCUCUAAAAGGUUCCUGGCAGCUGGCCACAUCUUUUCUGAAGCUCGAGGCACCGGACGUGGUAAGCUUUGGAAGGAUUGCGAACGAUUUGGAAAGCUGGACACAGGCGUGCGCCCUGUUGCAGGAGAUGCCAGAGUUUCAUCUACAAGCGAAUCUGGUGAUUUUCAACGCUGUUCUCUCGUCCUCUGAAGUGUCUGGAGAUUGGUGUUCUGCUUUUCGUCUUUUGCAAGACGUCCAAGAGAAGCUUCGCAGUGACGUGGUAUCUCUCUCAGCAGCCUGCUCUGCAAGCUCCACAAGCUGGCGCCACAGCUGGGCCAUGCUGCGGCACGGUAGAGCCUGCACCCUGCGGCCCAACGUUGUGAGCUUAACUUCCGCACUCACUGCUUGCGAAAGAGCAACGCUCUGGCAGAUGGCACUGGAUGGCUUCGCGGAAACAAUGGAGCUCUCAGUGGUGGCAUACAAUGCAGCCAUCAGUGCAUGCGAGAAAGGCAGCCGCUGGAAAGAAGCCACACGGCUGCUCUGCCAAGAGUGGUCAGAGAGGCUGCUGCCAGACCCCGUGAGCAUCACAGCAAUCACGGCUGCCCUUGAACGAUCGCAGGCAGAUUGGACGACUUUCCAGACUUUGUUCGAUUUUCUGGAAAGGAUUUCUCUUGAGCCCGACUGCAUUGCGUAUUCUUAUGGCAUCAGUGCAUCUGUGCGGCUCAACUGCCGGCUGCAGGGGCUAAACCUCGCAGGGAAGAUUCAGCAGAGGGGUUUGGAGUUCACCCAGAAGGAAAAAGGAUCUUUGCCCGCUUAUGAGAGCUCGAGUCGUUACAAACAGUGUCCCGACUUCUGCACUUUUGAUGCUGUUCUACCGAAUUGUCAAGGGGUAUUGCUGGCGAGCUGUGGAGUCAUGAAGGCGGCAGUUGGGCAAGAGGUGAAUUUCAUGGUCUUCCGAAGUCUGCAAGGACAAGAGUUCAAGGUGGCCAUGCGUCGUCAAGAAAGGUGGAUCUUAUGUGUCAUCCUGCUUGCUCCUGCAACGGACUCCUUGGCUCAGUUCCUGGUCGACGAGGCACUGGCGCUGGUGCUGCUGCGACACGGGCGCUUCGCCAGCGUCAGUGAUUUUAGGCAGUUGGAGCCCAUCUUCAAAGCCUUGUCUGCUUUGGCAUCUGAAGCACGGUCCAGACCCACUCCGUAUCCGCUGCUGGGCUUGAUGCAGUGGCACUCUUUGACUUCAGACUGGCGCCAGGUGAUUGAGGAGCGGGUUGAGGAGUGGGAAAAGGGUUGGAAAGAGACCGCGGUACGGCCCAUGGCUUUGCCGCAGGGUUUUGCGCUCUUGUUAGAGCAGCAGGUGAUGGCCACAAGUCUGGAUGACGAGACAUUCUCAGCUUGCAUGCGGCUUUUGGCAUUGGAGGCAGCCGAGCCAACUCCAGCAUCAAACGACUUCGACGUGAGGUGCCACUCUCUGUUCCUCAACCCAUCAGGAGAUGAGCCGCUGCCCUCACAUCAGUACAGCCUGCUGCAGAAGGGCAAUUGGCUGCUCUUUUUGCUCUGGAACAUGACAGAUAAAGAGGCAGAGACCAGCGCGCCGCCGACGCCCCCGUUUCGGGCCAUGGCAUCGGAUCCCUUUGGCAUCGAUCUCUCCUUGGAGCUGCUCUCGAAACUGCCUGAGGAGCCGAAGAGGCCUUCAAGCUCUCCAGGCUCUGUCUUCAGCCCACCAGCGAGGUCAACUCCAACCGGCGAAAAGAACAAGAGGGGCAGCUUCGGACUGACGUGCAUGUUCAAGGCUCGAACCAAAACCUCGGAGCCCAUGGAGAAGGUUUCUCGUCCAGCCUCCUUCUGCUACGUGCUGGACGUUCCAGGUGCAUCCAGCUCCAGCGCCAGCUUUUCUCAGCUGCAGGAGCCCAAACAGAUCUCUUCUCCGCAGCUGCCAGAGGAACUGCGGUGCCCAGUCCUUGCGGGACAUGCCAAAGGGAGGAGGUCUUUCGAAUGGACGAAUUCAGAGUUUGGAGACUUCUUGGAAGAGUUGGGGGACUUGGCUUGGCUUUGGCGGACCUACUCCGAAAGGAGAUCUGCUUGGCGACAGGGGCCAGACACUGCAUCUAAAAGGCAUGUACUGGUAGACAUUCUGCGUGGAGAUCAUUCCCUGGAGAAGAUUUGGAACGAGAGUCUGGCAGGAUCUGAGCUCUGCAAAGAUUUGGGGCCGGAGCCUGAAGAUCCUCUAAAAGGCGGCAAGAAGACCGAGGCCACCUUGAUGGGCAGCGGUGAGCCUUGGAGAUUUCAGGACGGGUCACCCUACUUAGCUUCUGACUUAACCGAGCUAAUCAGCGUGGGCACAAAACGUGCCGACGCAUGGUUAGCUGGUUCAGCUUGCCGCGCAAUGGAAUCUGUGGCACCUCCGGCGAGGCCGCAGGUCACCAGCUUGUCAGGGCACCGUGUGUUCCUAGCGAUGACGGAGCAGUGACAGGUGCCAAAGAGCACCAGAAUGCUGAGCC